GCAAGAGCUAAGAUGGCGGCGCUGGCGCCCGAGAGGGAGGGCGAAAUGGAGGCUGCCUUGGAGUCAGUCUUUCCGCGGGAGCUGGGCCUCUUCGCGGAGGUUUUCCCGGCCGAGACGCGUUACCGGCUGUGCGGCCACGAGCUGAGCAUUGCCCAGCACCACGGGGGGAGGCUGGGGGUGGCUGCCCCGGUCUGGGAGGCGGUGAGCCCGCUUUUAUGGGGUGCUACAGGUGCCAGGAUAUGCAUCCACACUGGAGAAAUAACGCGGUUUGGCACCGCUUUAACUCUGUCUGGCGGUAAUGCUGCGCAGCAAAGAGGUGGCUCCAGCCCGCCUUUUGCAGGCAGUGUGUACCCCACCUGUAUUCUAGUAGUUUUGAUUUGUAUUGGCCUGUGUUUAAUAUCUGAGAACAUAUUAAAUGUACCACUUGAAUAUUUCAGCUUCAUAUCUAAUUCUCUGUUCUCUUUCAAGGCUUUAACCCUCUGUGAAUACUUUGAGGAGCAGAAGUUGAACUUUUGGGACAAGAAGGUUAUAGAACUAGGUGCUGGGACAGGAGUGGUGGGCAUCGUGGCUUCUCUCCUGGGGGGUGAUGUGACAAUCACAGAUCUUCCUGUGGCCUUGAAGCAGAUAGAGGAAAAUAUCCACCGGAACUUGCCUGUGAAGUGCUUGGGUCGAACCAGAGUUUGUGCUCUAUCAUGGGGUGUGGACCACAAAACGUUCCCUCGAAAUUAUGACUUCAUUUUAGGUGCAGACAUUGUCUAUCUCAAGGACACUUUCCCCUUGUUGAUCAGGACACUCCAGCACCUAUGUAGUGCUCAGUCAACUAUCUAUCUGUCUUCCAAAAUGAGGCAGGAACAUAGUACUGCAUUGUUCUUUGAGACUCUUCUCCCUUUGCACUUCACCUCAAAACUGGCCUUUAGAGAUGAUGUUGAUAAUAUUAACAUCUACAAAGUGACUAGCAAAAGUCAUACAGGACAAUGAGUUUGCCAGUUCACCAUAGACAAUAUGACAAACACUGCCAAUUCCACUGCCUUUUUUAAAUUCCAGAAACUUAAUUGAUAAGCCACCAGUCAAUGAGGGCUGCUAUUGAAGGUUCCCUUCUCAUCAGAGGAUGACAGUAUUUCUAAUAACUGUCCAAUUGACUUUUGUGUUACAGUAAAUCCUUAGUCACCAUAAGAGAAAGAAUGAUUGUGUCUCAGAAAUGACAGUGCUGACAGGCAUGUCCGCUGUACUUCUUAGCCACAUCAAAGCACCACCAUCACAGUGAAUUAACAGAUACAGAUCAAUUUAUUGAAUAAGCCUCCUGACUACCAUAUAUACUCGACUAUAAGUCGACAUGUAUAAGUCGACGGCAGGUUUUGGGACCAAAAUUAUGGAUUUUGAUAUGACCCAUGGAUAAGUCAUGGGUAAAACUUAGGAGCAUUAA